AUGCUUUUAAUCAAUAUAGCCUCAGCUUGUCACAUCAGCAGCACAGAGCCCGCUGAGACGCCUCAGCUCUUGCUUGAGAGGCAAUCAAGGCAUUAUCUAUCUGGCAUGUACCCUUUAUGUGAAUCAUCCAGGACAGCAUUCAGUGCUACCCUUCAGGCUAGAGCAAGACCAUCGCUGGACUUUAUCCCGAAAGCCGUAUUCACGCGCGCCCACAGCUUGUUCCAAAUGCGAGGGCUGUGUCAAGGAGUCGCGCCAAGGUUCCUGCGAUUUUUCCGUGGCGCCAUACCGUUGACCGCAGUCCAGUCCGAUGCAACCAGGCUUCUCUUAGGGGAGCACUUGUACCAUGACAGGACUCUCCACGAUAGACGGCAAAACACCCCCAACAGAGGUCUUCGUUGCUGGCGAGAGCAAGCCUCAAGUUCGGUCGGUCUUACUGCGGCGGAAGCUAUUAUUACCUUGCACCAACCUAUAAACUAA